AUGGCGGACGCAACCACCUCCUCUUCGCCCCCUCCCCCCGCAGAGGUAUCCAAAAACAAAAAGCACCGCAAGGACAAACCCUGGGACAACGACUCGAUCAACCACUGGGAAGUGCCCAAGUUCACCGCAGACGAGAUCAAGGGCCCCUUUCUCGAAGAAUCGUCCUUUGCCACGCUCUUCCCCAAAUACCGCGAACGCUACCUCAAAGAAGUAUGGGGCCAUGUCACCUCGGCGCUCGACAAGCAUGGCAUCGCAUGCACGCUCGAUCUCGUCGAAGGUUCCAUGAUGGUCAAGACCACCCGUAAAACGUACGAUCCUUACGUCAUCCUCAAAGCGAGGGACAUGAUCCGCCUCCUGUCGCGCUCUGUUCCCUUCCCGCAGGCGGUCAAGAUCUUGGAAGAUGGUGUCGAGUGCGAUGUGAUCAAAAUCGGCAAUUUGUUGCGCAACAAGGAGAGGUUCGUCAAGCGAAGACAACGUAUCAUCGGGCCCAACGGGAGCACGCUCAAGGCCAUUGAGCUGCUCACCAACUGCUACGUGCUCGUGCAGGGAAACACAGUGAGCGCCAUGGGCCAGUUCAAAAACCUCAAAGAGGUCCGUAGAAUUGUCAUCGACUGCCUGAAAAACAUCCACCCCAUCUACCACAUCAAGGAGCUCAUGAUCAAGCGCGAGCUCGCCAAGGAUCCCAAACUCGCCGAAGAGAACUGGGAACGCUUCCUGCCCAAGUUCAAGAAGCAGAACCAGAAGAAGAAGCCCUCGACCGACGCUGCAGCAACAGGAGGAGAAGCAGCCGCAGCACCCGCAGCACAGAAGAAGGCCAAAGCGAAAGCAAAGACAUAUACCCCCUUCCCUCCACCGCAGCAACCCAGCAAGAUCGACCUUCAGCUCGAGAGCGGUGAAUACUUCCUCAAGCCCAGGCAGAAGAAGCAGGCCGAGGAGGCCAAGAAGCUCGCCAAGCAGGCAGAGCACAAGGACAAGCGCGAGGCGGAGCGCGCAAAGGCCUUCAUCCCCCCGACCGAGGACGGCGCCGCCAAGGACAAGAGCAAGCGCAAGAGGGAGGCCGAGGACGGUGACAAGAAGAGUAAAAAGCCAAAGUGA